CGAUCCGUCGGAGAUCGCCGGUUCAGUCCUCGUGCGCAACCGUCGAAGAAAUGGGGGAGGAUGCUUCUUCCGAGGUAGCUACUCGCAAGGAAAGCCUCAGAGUUCGAAGAAUCAUUCGUUACCAUUUCGAAUUUCAUGGCUUGCAGCUUUUGUGUCUGAGAGGCUUCGGAUGCGCCACAGAAAUUUUCUGCUGUCAUUGAGUCCAAGUAUCAUUUGGUGAGAUAGGAUGUUGUCUGCUCUCCCUUAAAGGGGCAUUUCAGCCAACCAAUUUGGAGCUAGAUAAGCACUAUAUUGGUGCAGUUUGUGGAGAAGGGUGGAAGGCCAGAGGUUGUGUUUCUAGCAUGACACUUGGUGUAUAGGGAUGAUGUUCUGGAGGGGUUGUUCAUGCUGUGGACAAGAAGGCUUUCUUAGCAAAUAGAGUAUACAAGUUUCAAGAGAGUUGAGUGGCAGGCUUCUACCUCUGCUAAAGCUUUGUAGAUUAGGAUUUAGGAUCGGACUGUACUUUCUUUGGGCUGUUCUACGAUACUUUUGCUAGUGUUAGGGUGUUUUACUGAGAUGGAAGCUUCCAGAAAGAUCUUUUGGGGAGCUCCUACAGUUCGAGGUCUGCCACCUGAGCAGUUCUGCAGACAUGGUUUUGUGUUGGGCAAAGCAUCAGAGGCAGGUCUCGGAAAUGAAAUGUACAAGAUAUUGACUGCUGCUGGAUUGAGUAUCAUGUUAAACCGGUCACUUAUCAUCGGGCAAACCAGGGGCAAAUUUCCAUUUGAGAGUUAUAUUUCUUAUACCAACCUUGCUUUUACAUUGAAAGAAGUGAAGCAUCUAUGGAGAUUGAAUGACUGUAUGGGUAAGUAUGGAAGGCGUCUGAUUGUGAGAACUGAUGAUUUUGAGAAGCCCAGUGAAACAAAUGUCCUAUGCAGUAAUUGGAGAAAAUGGAAACAGCCAAUCAUAUGGUUCCAAGGUACAACAGAUGCUGUAGCUGUUCAGUUUUUCUUGAAGAAUAUACACCCUCAGAUGAGGAGAGCUAGUUCUGCGUUAUUCGGGAAGACUGAAGUUCUCCAGUCUAGACCUAAUACAUUUGGAGAGCUUAUGAGAUUUAUCAUAUCUCCUUCAAGAAAUGUCGAAGAAGCUGUCGAUUGGGUGCUUAAUGCAGGCCCUGAUCCUCAUCUUGCUCUGCACAUGCGCAUGCUAAUGAACAGGUCUCCAAGAGCCGUAAAGGCAGCGUUGAAUUGCGUUAAAAAGGCCCUGCUUAGAAAUUGCAACCGGGUAUCGAGACCUCGUGUGGUUUUGGUAUCUGAGACACCAUCAGUUGUUAAUGAUAUUACACCAAAGCUGCAGGAAUUUGCAGAGGUUCUUCAUUUUGACUACAAUUUGUUCGAAGGAAAUAUUUCAGCUAAAAAAACAGCUAGAAUGCAGCAGUUAGGUUAUAGAACAAGGGACUGGGGACCUGCACCAAGGUGGGUCGCUUUUGUGGACUUCUUUCUUGCUUCACGUGCUAAACAUGCUGUUGUUUCGGGGGCCCAUAGACGUAUUGGAACCACCUACGCACAGCUUAUCGCGGCAUUGGCAGCGGCUCACCAACUUGAUGAAAACUAUGCUACAAAUUUCACGUUCUUCAGCAGUUUUCAAAGUAAUUUGUUAUCUGAAGGCUUGCACAAACAAAUUGGAUGGGGACAUGCCUGGAAUCGAUUUGCAGGUCCAUUGAGUUGUCGUAAUCAACGGAAUCAAUGUGCAAUCACACCACUUCUUCCCCCUGGCUGGUGGGAUGGGAUUUUUCAAUCACCUAUUCCACGGGACAUUCGCAGAUUGGAAACAUACGGUGUUAAACUCACCGGUUUUGGUACUGUUGAUGAAAACCAUCUCAACUCUUUUUGUAGGUCAAGGAAAGAUACCGUGAAAACCAUUCCAGUUACUCGCCGAUGUAGUGGUUUGACCUGUGCUUAAUUUUUGGAUGUUUGAAUGUUCUAUUCCUUGCCCUGCUGCUGUGGACCUCAAUUCUUUCAAAAUUACUUCAUUUUAGAUGCAUCUGUUGGUAUUGCAAUCUGUUGGCAUCUCAUUCAUUUUUCCUGGACUUGAAAAAAAAUACACUGUUUCAGUGAAAAUUUGGACAGUUGUUGUGCUUGUAAUAAAUGCAUUAUAUCAGCGUAAACCAUCAAAUCAAUCUCUUAAUGAAUUUCAAGUGAAA